AAUUGUGAAGCAUUUUUAUGGCAUAUAUUGCUCGAGUAGCUUGGCAUUAAGCAAGGAAAAAAAAUGGCAACUACUUCUGUAGCAAACAACAUCCUUAAACAACUACCUUGUAAUUUUAGUUCAUCAUCUUUCUUAACAAACAAUUUGUACAAAUCUUCAUCAAUAGUACUAGCUACUCCUCAUGAUAGAUUAACUAGGCAAGUUGUUCUUCAAGCUCAAGCACGUCCCACGUGGCUUCCUGGCCUUGACCCUCCAUCUCACCUUGAUGGAAGUUUGGCAGGAGAUUUUGGGUUUGACCCACUUGGAUUGGGAGAGGACCCGAAUAGCUUAAAGUGGUAUGUUCAAGCUGAAUUGGUUCAUGCCCGUUUUGCUAUGGCUGGUAUUGCUGGCAUUCUUUUCACUGAUUUGCUUCGAACUACAGGGAUCAGUAGUUUGCCAGUGUGGUACGAGGCUGGUGCAACCAAAUUCGACUUUGCAAACACAAGAACCUUGUUAUUUAUCCAAUUAGUCUUAAUGGGAUUUGUGGAAACUAAAAGGUAUAUGGACUUCGUUAAUCCUGGAUCACAAGUUGAUGGUCCUUUCUUUGGCAUGGAAUCAGCAUUUGGGGGCUUAGAACCUGGGUACCCAGGUGGCCCCCUGUUAAACCCUCUUGGCCUAGCCAAAGAUAUAAAGAACGCUCAUGAUUGGAAGCUCAAAGAAAUUAAAAAUGGACGAUUGGCGAUGAUAGCUAUGUUAGGCAUAUUUGUGCAAGCUUAUGUAACACAUGCUGGUCCAAUUGAGAAUCUUGUGGAGCAUCUUUCUGAUCCAUGGCAUAAGACCAUCAUUCAGACUCUCUCCACCUCAACAUAAUUCAUUCUGACACUUUUUUUUCUUCUGUGAUUGAAUAUUCAAAGUUAUUCAAUAUGUAACAUACAUGAUCAAUACGAAGUAAUUACUCAUUAUUAUCAAAAAGUUGAAAAGUGCAUCAGUAUCCCAUUGCUCUCUUGUGGGUCAAAUUUUAAUUUGAUCACAAAUUUUCACUGUUCUAUCCUAUAAGAAGGUAAUACAUACUCGUGAGAUCUUGUUGGAUUUGUUGCAAUAUCU